AUGGCCAACGUUGCUGCUGCAAUUGCUGAGGCAGUGGAAGCGAUGGAGGCAGCAGAUGCAGCGGUGAUUCAAGGCGACGCGCCUUUGAUUGAGGAUGGCAAGGACGAAGAGCCUGCAGAGCCUGCUCGGGAUGACGGAGGUGCUGGAGAUGAUCAAGCCAUUCAAGCUGCCCCAGCCGAUCCAACCGUCCCAGCCGUCCAAGCUCAAGGCGCGCUGGUGCCUGCUGGCGAGAAUGUCGUGGCCCGAUCUAUGCGGCAGGAGAUCGCGGAAGGGGUCAUGGCUGCAGUGGGCAGUACGCCUUUCCACCUGCGCAUGGAAGGUAUGUUGCUCGAGCAGAAAGAGGUGCAGCGGCACGCAAUUGCGUUGCCGCAGGCCCCGAGCAUCUUCCGUGAGAAGUACGAUACCCAGAGUGACUUCACCUGGUCUCUCUUCGGCUUCAACACUUUGCUGAACAGCUUCUACGAGAAUGGGGUCAAGAACGCUGAGAACGUCGAAGCCAUUUGCGCAGGCUUUACGCUGCCAGCCACCGAGCGGCACAUUGUGGAAACUGCCCGGGAUUUGCUCGCACAGAUCCCAACCGGGGGAGGCGUCCCCCAGAGGUUCAUGGUCUUGUCGACCAUCGUCCGGGAGCACCUGGAGCAGUUCGCCGAAGUGCAGGAGCAUGACGGCGACAUUAUCUGCAAUGUGCUGCUUUUCCCAUAUGUGAUGAAUGGGGCAGCCCGAGGCUAUAAAUUGUCAGUGCCAACCAAGGACAUGUCAUGGUCCGGGUGGGCGCUUCCAUGGGGCAGUGACGGCUUGCUCAUGCCGGUUGGCCUCUACGCCACCGACGUCCUCGAGAUGGCGCGCCAAUUUGUGCAGUUGGCUGGCUUGGGGCGACGAAGCAAUGGUCCCAGAAGCUUGGAUGCCUUUCUUUCAGACGAGAACCAGGUGGUCAUGGCUGUCGAGGACAGGAACAAGGCUUGCAUCCAAGCAUCCUUCUUCAGCAAUGCGUUCCACGGCAAGCUGGAAGAGCAUGCCUCAGCAGGCGUGCGGUAUGCCUUGGAUCUUGCCAGGUACAAAAACCAGAUCCAAUACAAGCUGGUGGAGAAGUUGGAUGUGGGCUUCGGACAAUUUUUUGAUUUUGGAGAAGAAGCUGGCUAUGGACCCACUUCCUAUUUCGUCUCGGCUGAGGGGUUCUUUUACGUCCUCUGCUAUCGAGCUGCUGACGUGGCCCAGCGGAAGUUCGAAGGCACCCCGCGAUGGAUUCUGCAGGGCGAGUGCUUCAAGGGCGACUUCGACGACGACAAGUGGACCUACCGAGCUGGAUCACGAGCAGCCUGCACCAUCCAGUGGGUUGGGGAGGGCCCUGAUGACUUCAACCUUCUGUGGGAUGGCAUGCAAGUUGAAAGGGCGCUUGUGGCCACAAAGACGACAACGUCCAUGGUGCUUGCACUUCGGUUGUCCCGCUGGGAAGAUUCAAAAGGACGGCCCUGGAGUGUCACAUUGGCCAGAUGCUCUUCGGUCCCUGAUGGUGUGAAGAUGGCGAUGGCACAGUCGAGCGUCCAUGCGGACAAAUACUGCCGGGCCCUUGCCUACGUUCUUUUUCUGGAGAAGCAGGUGCCUGGGAAGUACUCUGGGCCUACUUUGCUGCUGUUGCUGCCUGUGGGUGGCUUCAAAAACGCUCGCCAGGCUGUGGAAUCUUGCAUCGCCACCAAGGAGAGUGGAGGCCAGACCAGCUUAGCCAAAAUUGCUUCUACGCGGGCUUUUGCGAAGCCUGGGUUGGUGUCCAGUGUGGUUGCACGACCGGACGCUGUUUGCAGAGGAUUCAGCUGUGCCAGCCGUUCCAGCAACCAGCUCUUGGAGAGGUUUCUGCUGCCCAAGCCGUUUCAGCUGUUCCAGCCAUUCCAGCAACAAGAGGUUGUGGGCCGUGUGGUGAGGCCGAUGAUCCCGCGAAGCUUGUUGGCCCUGUGGGUGAGUCAGAAGCUCAUCAUUGUGCACGACAUGUCAAAACUAUUGCUGGGAAACAAUGUGCGCGCUGCAAGUGCUUGGGGCAUUGGCUGUACCUUUUGUGCUUUUUUGGUAGAUGAAUUGGCCAAGCAUCCUGAGGAGCGGAAGCGCUUGCUUGGCAGCCGCUUUUCAACCAAAUGGGGAUCCUUUAGUGUGAAUUCUUUGAAGUGCAUGCAAGCUAGUUGCAUACGUCAGCAUGCAGAUGGCACAGUGCACAGGGUUGCUCAGAACUAUUUCCUGCAGCCCGACAAAGCCAUCAGCGAAUUGCUGCCAUAUGAUUUGAAGGAUCAGGAUGUUUUUCGAGGAAAUGUCCCUCAACCUCGAGAUUGGCUACGUGCUUGGAAUGCCUGCUUGAAUCCGAUUGCCUUCAACAAUGCGGAGAAGCACUAUGAGACGGAGGACUUUGCAUCCGGUUUGGCCCAGAUGAUUCAAGUCAUGCACUGGGUGGUGCGCUCGCAGAGGAAGAAGUUGCUUUUGCUUGCAGAGUCCAUAUCCAUCUCUGUGGACGAUAGGGCUGAUUUUCGUGUGAUGCGUUACCGCUGCAGCUUCCGAUCUGUGGAAGAUUUUUGUCAAGCUACCCAAGCACAAGCUGCCUCAGCCGUCCCAGCUUCUCCAGCCGUCCCAGCAGCUUCUUUGUCCAAAAGUUCAUCUUUGGAGGAUUGGGCUUCCAUGGAGCCAUUGACCGCAGAAGGGUUGCUCGGUGUUCUGCGAUUGGGACGGGAUGUUUCCCAAAACAACAUUGAGCAACAUGACAUGGACAAAAGUGAAAAGAUGGCAGAUACUGUGCUUGAGAUAUUGCAGGAUGUUUGCAGCGACGCAGACGGAAAUGUGGACAGAGAGGCCCUUGAGAGGAUUUCUGGUCGCAUUCAACAUUUUGCCUCUGAUCAGGGAGCUUCUGUUUUGAAGUGCGGCCAGGUCUUGACCCAGCGGCCUCAGCUUCCCAACCUGUUUUGGCUCAGUGCCGAUGCAGCUCACCAAGUGCGGAUUGCCACCCAAGAUCCUUUGUCAGCCCAGGAGGGCUUCAAGCGACAGUGGGACCGAUUGUUUUCAGAAAGGCAUGCGCUAGUGCCUGACAUUCAAAAUUCCGAAGUUUGGAGAUCUCGUUUGAUUGCUGCUCAGAAGGUGGUGCUCCGAUCCUGCCAGACCCAAGGUGCGGAUGUCAACAAGGUGCUCCAAACCUUCAGCUUUGCAAAACAGAGGUUCGAUAGCGUAGCAACUCCCAUGCUCAAAUAUUGUUGCAUGCUGCGCGCCAUUGCAUUGGUGUGUGCUUUGCAAGCAGCGGAUGAGAGAGGUUCUCGAGAAGUUCGUGCAAGAGCUGCUGCCGCUCUGGAGGAUAUGACGCCAGCCAACCUCUUUCGCUGUGGCCUUACUUGCGAUUACACCAUGGAAUGCCUGGCAUUCUUGCGAGAAUGCUUCGACAUCGAAGAUCCAGACCCAGCAUGCACUCCUGAGUCAGUUCGUGCUUUUUGUGCCCGCAUGAAGACUCUGUUCUGCCAAGGGUACAUUUUAGGAAAGGUACCUGUUCAAGCAGACCCAGCCGUCCCAGCUGUCCCCUUUGUUCAGAAUGGCUCCGACGCAAGGAUCUACUAUGGGAGCAAAGUGCAUUAUUUGUGCACCAGUGCUGGCGUGAAAGACAUUCGAGCCAUCAUGUCUGAGAUGAGCAUGGUGGUUGAGGACAUGGUGGACAGAGUCCUGGUGGACCUAACGGGAGAUGACCUUGGACAGUGCUUGCAAGUCUUCGAUGUGAUGUCAUGGACCAAAAAGGAUCAGACUGCUUUGCUGCAAAAGCGGAUCAACACAUUGGCCAAAGCCUUGCAUGUGGAUGCACGUGUGCGGGAUGCUUUUCAAGGUGCCGCAAAGUUGCUUUUGAAGGUGGUGUGUGCAGCACAGGCCAACAAGCUGAAAAUCUCCAACAGGCAGGCAUGGACUUGGAUUUUGUGCCUUGAAUGGCGUGCCCGCUAUUUCCCGCCUCAUUGCAACACGAGGUUCUUGCCUGACUUGGAGAAGAUGAUUUGUUUCUACCUUGCUCUGAAGGUCAACACUACGACUCUCGAGCGAAAUCUAGGGCAACUUUGCAACCAGCUCCACGCACACGCAGGACCAACUGCCCAGGAUGGACGUCUCCUUUCAGCAGUGCUUCAUGUGGCUCUGGAUGGCCCUGGAACUGCCAAAGAAUUGUUUGAAGUGAGAAAGGCUGAGUGUGCCGGGAGUGAAGUUGGCUUUACGCCAACUGGAUUCAGCCUAGCAUGUGGUAAGCUUUGGCUUGCCAUGUACGGGAGACGCUUCCGCUACAAGUAUGCCAAGGAGCCCACAAGCUGCCCAAGCCGUCCCAGCCGCAAACGAAAGGCACAUGCUUGUAGAGGAACUUUUGAAUGGGUGAAGAAGAAGCGAAAGGAGGCUGCCAGUCAUUUGUGCAAAGUUGCCCAGGAACAGGCCUCCCAGGCUGCAGUUGACUCCUUUGUUCCAAAUUUGGAGCUCCCACUGCCACAUUCUAAUGCCUCGGGCAGCAAGCAAGCCUUGUCCGGAACUCGUUGGCAAAGUUCUGCUUCAGCCAGCUCGGAAGAGAAAAAGCCCAAGAAGACUGCGAGUGAACUGUUCAGGGAUCACACAGACCGAAAGCGAGCCAGACAUGCAGCAGUGUCUCGGCGUCGGCAAGAAGGCAACCAACCUUACCUGCCCACUGAAGCGAAGAGUGGUGGCUUUGCACCCCCGACAGAGAAGCUGUUGCCAGAUCACUUGCUGCAGGGCCACAGGACGAAACUUUCUCUGAUCUAUCGCCUUCUCAGCAAAGAGCCUCCCUCUUUUGCAUGCCCAGUGGGAUGUGAGAUUGUCUCGACGAUGGCCUUUGGAACCAUGCCAGCACCAUUGAAGUUGCCCGCUUCCAUUUGCAGAUGGUUGGACAGCUGGGGGCCAGAGCUUUGCAGGGACUUGCAGGAAGCCUUGCACUCGGCAGCCAAACUUUGGCCAGAGUUAGGCGAUAGCUGUCCCAGCCGUCCUAGCAGCACCAGCUUUUUCAACAAUGUUGACUUGAGGGUUGGCACAGAUUGCAGUGGCGUAGAGAGUCCCUUGCAUGCUUUGAAAGCGUUAGGGGUUCGCUUUCAGCAUGAGUUUAGCAGCGAGUCUGCACCGGCCCCUCGCAAAGUCAUCGCAGCCAACACCCGGCCAAAGAUCUUCAUGGAAGAUGUGCAUUGCCAGGAAAAGCAUCUACCACAUGUAGAUUUGUAUGUAUCCGGCUUCAGUUGCAAGCCUUUCAGCAUGCUGCAUUGGAAGACAGAACUUCUUCAAGAAGCUGAAGCAGAGGUAUUUUUUUCUGUGCUGAAGAGAAUCCAAGCAAAGCGUCCUGCUGCAUACGUUCUCGAGAACGUAGAGGGGAUUUCCCGAUGCAUGGAUAAGAUUUUGCCCCUGCUUGAAGAUGUUGGUUACCAAGUUUCCGUUCUGAGCUUGAAUCCAACAGAGCUGGGCGAGCCCGUCAACCGACCCCGAAUCUACUUUGUGGGAGUCCGAAGUGACGUAGCCAAGCUGUCCAAGGAGCCGUCCCAGCUGUUCUACAAGCACAUUUGGUCACACCUCACACAGAAGCGCUUGCACCGCAACAAGUGUGAAUUUGGUUCAAGUCUCGUGCCUCUGUGGUGCAGGCUUUUGCCUGAUGACAGUGACUUAGUUGCUGCAAAGCGUCAGGAGCGAAUGCAGAAAUGGGAGGAUGCAAAGCAGCUUGGCUUUCCUGACAAGCGAGGCAAAACAAAGUGGAGGCAGAGGCACCAGGCUUGGUCAGCAGGUAAAGAACUCAAAGCCGUUGCUGAGGGAAAUCUUCAGUGGGCAGAGCUAUCUCCUGACAAACUUCAUUUACACUUGCCGCGGGAGCGUGAUGCCUGGUGGAGCUUGAUUCAGACUUUUGACGAGCCUUGCAAAGUGGUGGCUGAUCUUUCACAGAACUUGGAUAGGAUGCCAUGCCGCACAGAUGGUUCCUUGCCGACAAUCACACCUGGGGCACAUAUAAUGCUUGGCUGUGCUGGACGGGCCUUGCUUCCAGUCGAAAAGUUGUUGCUACAUGCUUUGCCUUUGCAUCGUAUGAUUCUACCAGAUGGCAUUUCCGAUUCUGAGCUGGAGUCGAUGGGAGGCAACAUGAUGCACUUACAAACGGUUGCUGUCGCAAUGGCUGUAGCUUUGAGUUUGGUUGAUUGGGCUCAUCCACAUGCUUUGCUGCCUACAGCCGUUCCAGCAGCCCCAGCAGCAUUAGCAACAAAGCUCAGAAACUCCAAGACUAGAAGGCCUCGAAAGAGCACUGCAGAGAAGAUGUUGGAGAUGAAGUUGAAAGCUCGGUUUGGUUUCCACCAGAGAAAAGGAGGGACAAAGGUGUCCAAAGCAAGGAAGGCAGUAGAUGUGAAGGCUGCAGCCUUCCUCAUCUGCUUUGCCAAGGGCCUGUGUGUGGCACGUCGCAAGGAUGUUGAAACUGGAUCCCGCGUCCACUGGAACCUAGAGAAGUUUUGGUGGUUGAAGCCGGCCAUUCGUGCAAAGACCUUGAGGUCUCUUCUGCUGACCUCAGCAUUCAAGUCUUGUGCUGCCAGUAGUGGGAAGCGUUGGACGUGCUUCUCCAUGGCUCCUGUGCCAGAGUCUGCAAGCAAGGCAGUGAAGCUUUGGAUGCAGAGUCUGGCUGCAAAGCUUUUCUGGAACGAGCAAGAGAAGGAUUUGAUUCCCAUGGUCCAGUUCCUCCUGCGAGAUUUGCCUCAGCAGCGUUUGCCUAGCGCUCUGGUGACGGCAUACUUGCUGUAUCGGGCCAAGUGUGUGGUUCCACCCUUGGCAUCAGAGCCUUUGCAUGUGACAAGUUGGGGUGAUGGAAAAGUUUUUCCUUUGAAGCACAUUCAAUGUGACGUCAGCAAGAUAUAG